AUGUAUACUGUAUCCAAGGGACCUAGCAAGAUUGUUGCCAAAACAAGAAGAGGUCUUUCACAGAAUUUGGAACGUUUGGAUAGCCGAAAGGAUUAUAACAGGAAGUCUUCUGAUUCUGAUAAUGAUGAAAUUAUUAGUAUGCCUAAGCCAAUUUUUCAUUCCAAUGGAAAGAAAACAGUACAUCAAAGAAUACCACACAGUGUUUUAACUCCUCAACAUGAAGAAAUGAUAAGAUACAUAAAUGAAACUUGGACUCAAACAGCAAACUUUGAUAGUGAACCGACAACCCCUACAAGUACAAUAGGUUCAGGCAGUUCAUCGCCUGCCCCAUCCACAAGCCUAUAUUAUCAAGAUGAUGAACCACGCCCAGUUCUUCAAGAUUUCAAGCCUUUCGACCUUGAGGCAUGGUGGGGCAAGAGACUGUUCCAAAACAUCACAAACUCCCUAUGA